CGAGUGCUGGAUGACUUGGAAUUGAAUGAGAACGAUGUGCGCAGCAACUGCCAGGGAAUGGUUGAUGAUCCGGCGACAUUUUCAACAAAUUUUGGAAUUUUUAUGAAGUCUUCAAAUUACUUAUGUUACCACGGUGUCGUAGUUCGGGAACGGCUUAAACCAACCUUGGGAACCACUGCUCAGAACGGAGGCCGCCUCACCGUAUCGCCGUCGUCCGUAUGGCGUAAUGUCGCGCACUGCUAAGUACCCCAGCCAAGCAACUGGACAAAGAGAACAAAAGCUUGUCAUGGUGGGACUGGACAACGCCGACAAGACGACCAUUCUGUACCAGUUUCUGAUGAACGAGGUGGUUCACACGAGCGAUCAGAUCGAACGUGGAAGAGGUACGCACGCAGUUUACUAGAUGACCAGUGGCCACUUCGUAAGCCGCUUACCGGUGACGGGUGUACAUUUGACUCGUUUCUCAUUCAUUCGCCGUGCCGCGUAUUUUCGUAACGUGCACCACGCAACUGUCAAAAGUUCAUAGUCCCAACUGGUUGUUUGUUCUUUUAACGCGCCUCGCAGAUCGUGUGGAAGAAUAUCCACUUUUUGGUGUGGGACGUCGGCGGGCACCUCUCGAACGAUAGAUUGUAAUGUAAUACGUGCGUAGUAAUAAUAUUGUA